AGGCGGAAGCGGCGGCCGCGGGGCGGGGAGGGAGUCCGGCCCUGCGGAGCCGAGGAGCGCCUGGAAGGAAAACAGCCUCCCGGCCGCGGAGCUCGGUGACAGAGGCAACCAAGAUGGCGCCGAGGGGGCACCUCUGGGCCGGGGCCCGGCUGGGGCUCCCGCCGCUGCUGCUGCUCACCGUGGCGCUGGCCGGGGGCUCGGGCACCGCCGCGGCGGAGGCCUUUGACUCGGUGCUGGGCGACACGGCGUCCUGCCACCGGGCCUGUCAGCUGACCUACCCCCUGCACACCUACCCCAAGGAGGAGGAGUUGUACGCAUGUCAAAGAGGCUGCAGACUGUUUUCAAUUUGUCAGUUUGUGGAUGAUGGAAUUGAUUUAAAUCGGACCAAGCUGGAAUGUGAAUCAGCAUGUACAGAAGCGUAUUCCCAGUCUGAUGAGCAAUAUGCUUGCCAUCUUGGUUGCCACAGUCAACUGCCAUUUGCUGAACAGAGACAAGAGCAACUCAUGACCCUGAUGCCAAAAAUGCAUCUUCUCUUCCCUCUGACUCUGGUGAGGUCAUUCUGGAGUGACAUGAUGGACUCUGCACAGAGCUUCAUAACCUCUUCGUGGACUUUUUAUCUUCAAGCUGAUGAUGGGAAAAUAGUUAUAUUCCAGUCUAAGCCAGAAAUCCAGUAUGCGUCACAGUUGGAGCAGGAAUCUACAAAUUUGAAAAAAUCAUCACUAGGCAAAAUGUCCUCAGAUCUGCAGGUGAGAAGUUCACAAGCACACAGGAACUAUCUUGAAGAUGGAGAAAGUGAAGGCUUUUUAAGAUGCCUCUCGCUUAACUCCGGGUGGAUCUUGACCACAACUCUGAUCCUGUCCGUGAUGGUGUUGCUCUGGAUCUGCUGUGCGACUGUCGCCACGGCUGUGGAGCAGUAUGUCCCCUCAGAGAAGCUGAGUAUAUAUGGUGACUUGGAAUUUAUGAAUGAUCAGAAGCUAAGCAGAUACCCAGCUACUUCUAUUGUGGUGAUUAGGGCGAAAACUGAGGAUCAUGAAGAAGCAGGACCUCUGCCUACAAAAGUCAAUCUCGCUCAUUCAGAAAUUUAAGCUUUUUUUUUUUUAGAAAAAAAGUAUGUACUAGACAUCUAAACUUUCCUCAUUGAGCUUUUUAAAAAUGGUUUCAUUGGAUACAGGGCUUAAAAUCACUAUAAAAUGCAAAUAAAGUUACCCCAAAGUUUGAAGACCAUUUGCUAAAACUUUACCUAUGAUUUCUUUCUAGUAAUUUAAGCGAUAGAUGUCUGGACUGUGUUUUUAUUUUACUUGAUAGCUGCACUAAUUCCUAUUUGUAGUGUUUCAUUUCCUUAGCGCUGUGUACUGAUCAUUGUUCUUUCCUACCUCCUGCCAUGAACUGUCAAUCACCUUAGUUAAUAUUCUCAGUAGGAUAUGAUAUUUCUGCUCAGAAAAUGACAACUUGUAAUUGGAAGUGCCCUUCAGUGACACUACAUUUUCAGUUGUGUUGAACUGAAAUGAUUAAAAUAUUAUUUCAAUAAUUACACUCUGAAAUUUGAGUUAA